GGCGGAGACACACACAUCAACAGAUUCCUGCGUCUAUACUCUCAUAUGAUUGCUGAACCCUUGUUGGAAGCGACGUUACUCUGGCAAAAUGAGUUUUUUUGGGUUCGGCCAAAGUGCCGACAUCGAGAUCCAGCUGGAUGGAUCAGACACAAGGAAGAUGGCAGAGAUGAAAACAGAAGAUGGAAAGAAGGAGCGAUAUUAUCUAUACUAUGAUGGAGAGAGUGUCUCAGGAAAGGUGAAUGUCUCCCUCAAGAAGCCAGGUAGUCGCUUGGAACACCAGGGGAUCAAAAUUGAGUUUGUCGGCCAGAUUGAGCUGUACUACGACCGAGGCAACCACCAUGAAUUCACGUCACUGGUGAAGGAACUGGCCAGACCUGGGGAACUCACACAGAACGGCUCUUUUGAGUUCGAGUUCAACCAGGUGGAAAAGCCAUAUGAGUCAUACUCUGGCACUAAUGUCAGACUCAGGUACUUUCUCAGAGUAACAAUUGUGAGGAGGUUAUCUGACAUUGUUCGAGAAAUGGACCUGUUGGUGCAUACUCUCUCCUCAUACCCAGAAAUGAACAACUCUAUCAAGAUGGAAGUUGGUAUUGAAGACUGUCUUCACAUAGAAUUUGAGUAUAAUAAAUCAAAGUACCACUUGAAAGAUGUUAUUGUAGGCAAAAUAUACUUCCUCUUGGUUCGUAUCAAGAUCAAGCACAUGGAAAUUGCCAUCAUCAAGAGAGAGACAACAGGAUCAGGCCCGAAUACUUUCAAUGAGAAUGAAACAAUUGCCAAAUAUGAGAUCAUGGACGGAGCACCAGUCCGAGGCGAAUCCAUACCCAUCCGGGUUUUCCUAGCUGGGUAUGAUCUCACUCCAACAAUGCGGGACAUCAAUAAGAAGUUCUCUGUCAGAUACUACCUCAACCUUGUCCUUGUGGAUGAGGAGGAACGGCGAUAUUUCAAACAGCAGGAAAUCACACUUUGGCGCAAAGGUGAGAGGCUAAGACGACCUUUACAGCAACAGCUUCUAGCACAGCAGCAUGCACUUCAGCAACUACACCUCAACAACCAACAGAGCAAAUUCCCACAGUCACACCCCCAUGGACAACCUCAAGAAUAUGUACCACAGAUGCCCUCCACAGGGGCUGAACCUCCGUCCCCACAGCAGUCACAGUCUCCCAUGCAUGAGGAGGCACCAGAAAAGGUGGAUUCUAAUCCAUCCAUACAGACUCAGUCCAGACAACCAGCAGCUUCUGUAACUCCCCCGCAGCCACUGCCAGAAGCAGAGCCUGCAGAGGAAGAAGAGACCACGCCCAAACUACCAUCCCCUCCAACGGAGCCCCCCAACAGCAUUGAUUCUCCUGAGGAGGAGUUCUUAGAGGCUCAGGCAGGCUCUCCCUCAGAGGAUGAUGAUGUGGGAGAAGAGGAAGAACCAGUAAAAUCAUCUUCUGCAGUCUCACAAGAACCAGUUCCAGUCGCUCAGUAGUAGACAAUCGGCCUCAUCAACAUCUAGACAAAAUUAGGUUUGGGAAUUAAGAUCCAGUUGGUUUGCACUGGGAAAGCCUGUAUAUUUAUGCUGUUUUGGAUGUUGAUUUCUGUUUUGUAGCAAACAAAAAUUCAGUAAGAUUUAGCAUAAAUUUACCAGGUGUGUGUGAAUGGGGAAGGAUGAAAUGAAACUGGAAAUUUAUUCCAAACCAAAUAGAAAUUAUAUAUGAUGAGUUUAUCCUGAAAUGUCCUUUAUGGAGUGCUUAGAAAGAAAAAUGUAUAUUCUAUUGAAAAGUAUCUAAAUAACGUGAUUAUAAAGAAUUAAGGGGAUUUGUACAUUUUGAAUGUUUCCUAACACAACUUGUUUAUAUGCAAAAUAGAUUUUCAGUUUAACAAAACAGAAAUUUCAUAAUGCACAUAGUAAUAUGAGUUGCUAUAUAUAUGGUAAGGUUUAUAUUUGACACUUUAUAGUCUAUAGGACCACCUGCAGUUUUAUUAUUGAAUGCUGGAAGGCUGAGACAUUUUCACAUUAAACUUCAUCUAUUCAAAGAUGAAUAAAUACUGUUGCUGCAUUCAAGUGAUUUGUUGCUGUGCCCUUUAUUAAUCAUUUUAUGAUUUUAUAACCCACAAAGAAGUAACUUGCUACUACUCUAAUAUUAGGUUAACAUAAUAUUAGUUUCUCUCCUUGGUGGGGGUCAAAACACUACUCAUUUAUCAAUUAAGCUUAAGGUCAUCAUAUCAGCACAAGUAUUGCCAGGCCUGCUGUCAUUACUUUCCUAGAAAAGAAGAUAAAAAAAAGCAAAAAAAUAGAUAAAAAAAAAGAUAUUGAAAACCAACAAUUGCUUUACAUCCAAGAGAUUUGAGUAGUGCAGUUUAAGCAUUUGAAGAGAUCUGAUGGGGAAGAGAGAGAGAGGAGUAAGAAGCAUCAUCAUUUACCAUAAUGUAGCUCCAUCAUACUGGCAGCAUCAUGCAGGAUAUAUUUAUCUGUUUGUCGUAGAUCUUUAGUGAUUUUUAAUGAAUGAUGGGAAGAUUAUGCAGUUUAUCUUGAGAGCAGCGAAACAACAAAGAUAUUACAUUUUUUCCCUGCUAAAUAUAUAUAUUUUCUUAGUAUAGUCAGGUGAUUUCCCCAGUGAGAGGGCCAUGUAUAAUCAGAUGUUUAAUAAGUGUAUAGUAAUAUUCCUUAUCGUGUUCUUCUGUGUCUUUUUCAUUAUGUUGGGCAUAUCUGGAAGAUAUUUCUGAUGUUAUACAAAUCAAUGUGUGCAGUCAGUAGAGACAAAAAAAAAAAAAGAAAAAAGAAAAAAAAAAAGAAGAAGAGGCCAAAGUCCAUUACUAUUUUCAACCCUUUUUUGGUUAAGAAUGAUUUAACUGCCACACUUCUCUUUCCUUCAUCUCUAGCAGUGAAGCUUUGUUUCCAUUUAUUUGCUCUUUUCCUAUUUUCAUAUAGACUUCUCUUUCACCGUCUCUUUUAGUGACCUUCCCAGUCUCUCCCUAUAUCUCUUUUUCCUUCUCAUUUUCGCCCUGAAUCUCUCACUUGUGUUUUUCUUUUUAUCUUGUUUCUUGUCUCUUACAUGUUUUGCUUUCUCUUUGUAGCUCAUCAACCUGCUAGAGUUGUUCUUACUGACUGGAAUAUUGAUUUCUUUCAUAUUGUAAUUAUGGUUAUUAUGGUUAUUAUUAUAUUUUAUUUAUUUAUUUUAUUUUUUUCAAUAUAAUCCUAUAUUGAUAAGCAGAACAUAUUGCAUUAGCCAAACAGCUAAGCUUGACAUGUCCAACCUUAAAUUUUAUUUGCUUACAUAGAAAUCAUAUUUUCGUAUAUUAUGUAGUCAUUCCAGUUAUGUUGUUUGAUAUCAUCAUGUUUUCAUGAUUUGAGGAUUUGCCGUCUCAUCAGUUGAUGUGCAAGUUCUUCAUUAACAAGUAGGUUUUUAAGGGUCAUGAUGGCAGGUGUUUAUAUGAGAUUUUCCUUUUUUUCUCCUUGGUUUACAAAUUUAUGCAAAGAUAAAAGGUGCAAGGGCUGAAAGCUUUUGUCAUGUUCUGAUGAUUUUGACUUGGAGCUCUAUAGAAAUGGUAAUGUCAUUUGUUUGUUCCUAUUCAUGUUAAAAGAUGUUGUAAGUUUUUUUUGUAGUUAUUUUCAUGUAAAGUACCUACCUAUACUUUUAAAAGUGGCAACCUCUAUAUUUUUAUUUUAUUUUAUGAUUUUUGAUUAUAAGGGUGAUUAUUCAUGUUUUUUUUUAUGGCAAUGUAAAAGGACAGUACAUAUCUGUGGUAAAUAAGUAUCUGAAUACAAGCUAUCUCCUUUUGUUAAUUCUUAUGAUCCAAACAGGCAAGUGCUUAAGUCUUUAAAAGAUUAGGAAGCCUUUUUUACUUCCAUUUUGAAGAUAAAAUAUCAUUUUAAUCUUGUUUCGUAAAAAAAACUUGUGCAGUCUUAUGGAACCUCGUUAUUGGUCUGUCUUGAUUUUUGAUGAUGUUUAAGUAAACCUCAUCAUAUAUUACAUGGGAAAUUUAAAGACUAUUCAAUUGCUUUUGCUGGAAGUCUUUGCAAAGAGAGCAUUGUUUGAGUUGUACAUAUAUAUUAUAAUUACUUUGUGUCUAAGAAUUCUAUUAGCAAUGUUUUUUGAGUAAAAUGUGGAAGGUGAAAACAUCUUGGUAAACCUUUCCAGGAUUUUUUUUUUUUCUUUUUUUUUUUCAUAAAAUUGUAAGCCUACAAAUAUAUUUAUAAAUAUGAGCAUACUGUGCAUACAUGUAUACAUAUACACUUGUACAUACUUUCUCAAUUACAUACACGUCUGUCCAGACCUGCAUGUUACUCACAUACAGAAGAGACAUAACCUUGUUAUGUAAUUUACUUUUUUAUCAUGUCAUAUUGCUUAUUCACGUGUAAUAAAAUAACCAUUCAAUGAAGGAGAGUGGACUUUUGUGUAAGAGUGUAGAUGUCUGCCUAUCCAAAUGCAAACAGUUUGUGUUAAAUAGCAUGUCUCUUACAAAUAACUGCAUGUAAUAAAGACCUUGUAUGGCAUGUUGGAUUAAUUCUUGGUAAAGAAUUUUUCUCAUGAUAUGUGAGGCUCAGAGCUUUGUCUAUUUUCUAAUAUUUUUAUUUUAUUAUUAUUAUUUUUUUCUUUGUGAUGAUACCAAAUGAAAUUGGGAGCAAUACAUUCCUUGACAAGGCAGUUUUUUUUCUUUUAAUUUCACUUUGUAGCAUAGAAGGAAGGGACAAAAACAGGAUAAAUAUUAAGAGGAUAUUGAAGUGCAUAUUGUUAUUUGUAUUUGUGUAAGAUGACAUUGCACCAGUAUUUUUUCCACUCCUUCCCCCCUAUAUCAGUGUUGAACUCACUGUUGCCAGGGAUGACAUAUACAUACCCACUGUGAGUUUGGUUUAUUAAUUGUCUUUAUACAUAGAUGGUUCCACAAGUACUUAGUGACAAAGGAAUCAGUUGUUUGUACUACUCAUCUGUUUGCCCUUUUCCCUGAUUUCAAAAAUAUUUUCCUUUGCCAUAUAUUGCUAUUAGUAAUGUUUAUGUAAUCAUAAUUAUAAUGUUCAUAAUAAAAAUAACAGCUUCAAUAUUAAAGAUAUUAGUAGAAAAAAAAAACUCAAGGAAAUGUGAAAUCAGAUGAGGUCAAGAGGUCUACUAAUUGACUCCUUGGUGGCUAAGCACUUGGGGAGCCUUCUAUUAGUAGACAUUUCACAAAAAUAAAGCUAAAGUGAACAGCACAUUUUCCACCAGCACUGUGUUAACCUCUUACCAUUCAUAUGUUAACACUUGCUCAGUGAUUAGCCACUUGAAUUUAGAUAGGAGUAUUAAGAAUAUGAGAAACCUGUCCAACAAGCCAGUCUGAAUACUUUGGAGGUUUUAUUUGCUUUGGAAAGGAAUUGUGUUAUGGCUUUUCAUAUAACUUCAUAUUCCUACCCUUUAACCUUUUUUCUUCUAUAUUUGAGUCGAGGAGUGGAGAUUGCUGUACAACAAGAUUUGCUUUCCUAUCCUUGGUUAGGCAACAAUUAUAUUUUUCUGUGACACAUUUUUCAAUUUAAAGAAGCAUUUUGACUAAGGCAGAUCCACAGAAGCAGGCAUGAUUGGCACAAGGGUGGGUACAAGUAGAGCUGAUGUAACAAGGCAGGCAAAUGCCUCGGUAAACAAGUAGUUUUCCUGUUGUUUUCUCACUUUUGCUGGUACCCUCUGUUGCGUUUACAAGUCAUACCCACUCCAGUGGACAGGCUUUAAGGGUGAGAUUUCAUUUGCAGUGAUGCAAAUGAAAUUGAUCCAUAUAGUAGUGUACAUGUUAACUGUAUUUUGUACACAUGGUUUUUGCAAUAGUAAAUUAACUGCAGCUAAACACAAACAUACAUAAAAACAUCUAAAUUCAAUUUCAUUGUCACCUACUAACACUGAACUGACAUUAUACAUGAGACAUAUUGCAAGCAAUACUUGCACAGAAAUAUGGAGUUUAUGUGCUCAUUUAUUUGCAUACUUGUGCAGACAUUUAUAACAAUAAAUAAAAUGCUUGAGAAUACUUUCUUAUCAGCACUACACUUGAAUUUUCACAGUGAAGUUGUGUCUGUGCAGUCCCCUCUUUCCAGAUUUAUGAUUUUAUCAGACAUUUGCAGGGGUGGGAAGUACUGCCAGUACUUUGAUACUUGAAAAUUGGCCAUCACUUACCAAUGUAUAUACUGAAAGGCAAGACUUAUCCAAAGUGGUAAGGGAAAAAGCUCAGGCACAGAGUUCAUUGAUAGCAGUACUCUCAGAAAUGCAAAUGAGUACAGAUAGCAUCAUCUAGGGGUACUUUUUAUUAUAAUUUCUUUUUGACUAACAUCACCAGAGCUAUUCUCUUAGCUUUUGCAGUAAACAGCAAUCUUUGGUAAGCAGACCAGUUAAGUUGGGCUAACUUUGAAAAUCAAAGUAUUGGUGGUACUUUCCACCCCAGACAUCAGAGACUAGAGAACAAACCAACAAAAAAGAUACUUGCUUGUAGUGAUUAAGCUUUGGAUCAUGACAAUAUAAAUAGUAUAUGUAUAUUUAAUUUAUGAAUUUAAUAUCAGUUGCAUCCUGCAUAUAUAUAACUCAUUUAAAAGAACUGUAAGUAUUACUGAUAUGCGUCUUGGCUUCUUAACUGUGGUUUGUCCUGAUAGGUAUUCUGUUUUGUGGAAGAUGAUAUUCAGGCAGUAAUGAUAAUGGUAAUACUAAUUAAAAAAAACGGUAUUAACCAUUAUAUAUAUUUGACAUUAAUAUAAAUGUACCACAGUGAAAUAUGUGUUAUAUUUUGGAAAAUAUCUGUGUUAAAAGUUAUUAUUGCCAUGAUCUCCCUCUUGGUUUCUAUCUAUUUUUACAGUCAUUAGAAAACUCUUGUUAUAACAGCACAUAUCUUGUUAUUUAACAUAGACAUACUUCCAUUAUUUCCAUCCUUUCUUGUGGCUUUUUUUUUUCUUUUUUUUCACAAUCCUAAUUUUGGGGAAACCUGUGUCCAAACUUGUUAACUAUGAAUGGAUUCUCAUCACUUCAGAUCUUGUGCCAUUUCAGAGCUGUAUUUCUUACACCUGGAAGGCUUUGGAUUCUGUUAUAAACCAGUCUUUUCUUUUUACUUUUUAUAUGAACAGAUACUAACUCUAACACGGAUCACAGUCAAAUAAACACACACAAACAGAUGCACUUGGAAAACAUGCAUUUUCUUUCUUUCUUUUUACUUUUCAACCACUGGCACUGUCUUUUUUCUUCUUUUUGCUUUUUGAGUGCUAGUACAAACACAACUUGUCUCUUUCUUUCAUAAGUGAUUAUGAAUACAUUUUUAUUUCUCUUCCAUUUGUGAAUCUGGAGCCUUACUGACAACAGCACUGUUUAAGUUCUAAAUGGUCUUAUUGCUAUCACCAUUAGUUAAUCUCCGUUUUUUUCUUUAUUUGUCAGCAUCUGCGUAGAUGAGAUAUCAGGUUAUUACUAUUUAGAGACAUGACAGUAAACAGAUACACACGUCACUUACAUUUGAAGUAGCCAUUCCUGUACUGCAUCAGCUACUAAAAUUUUUUAAAUGCAAAAUAAUCAUAUUUUGUCUUUUUUAUCUGAGAACCAUUUUUUUUUUCUUGUGUUAAGGAUUAUCUUUGCAUAUAUAAGUGUCUGCAAUUCCUAGUUUUCUUGUUCUACUGGUCAGGCAAUUUGCUAAUUUAUUGUAUAUAAACUGAUUUGACUGGGUUUCUAUCAGCUGAUGGAUAUUUUUACUGCUUUAUUUUAAGUACUGCUAUUAAAUGUAUUCUAUAUCAUGCCAUUCCCCCUUGUUAAGCAAGACUAUAACAUACAGUAGGUUUAAAAAAGUGAAAGUGUUUAAUACUGCUGACAAUCAUAAAAAUACAGCAAGUCUAGUCAAAAAUUAUUACUUCAAAUAUUCAUGUAGUGCUUCUGCAUAUUUUAUGUAACUGGCAAAAAGCAUUGGAUUUAUGAGAUUUUAUUUUAAUAUGAAUAAGGAGUAUAGGGAAGAACAAUAUAUAUUUAGAGCAUGUAUUAAAGGAAAGAACAGACAGACUAGGCAGAAAAGACAUGGGUGUUACAAACACAGUUACUAAAAAAAAAAAAAAAGACAAACUGCAUUAUACGCAUGCAUGCAUUCAUAAACAAGUACUCACACGAAGUUGGAUUAGAGCUCAAAUACUGACCGAAAAUAUUUGAAAGAAAAAAAGGAGAGAAAAAAAAGGACCAAUCAAGAGAGAGUAAUUUCUGUAGAUGGGUUGCUAUCUGCCCUUCAUCAGUUAGCUCACAAGGACAGGCAUAUAUAGAUCAUAUAUUUUUGUUCCGCCUUGUUUUUGUUUUAUCACACUCAUGUUAUGGGAUGGUAGGCAGGCCCUUGAACUACGCUUGCAGGUGAUGAGUGCCAUUCGCUCCAGAGUAAUUUUCUACACUUUGUGAUUGUACAGUCCACCACUUCCAGUCAUUCUUGUUCCAAAAGCCAGUCUGGCACUUCGAUGUGGGGCCUCGGAUGUGAUGGGGAUAUUUCACUGCUUGUUGAUCUUACACUACUGUCAUCAUUUUUCUGUAUACUUUCUGAUGCAUUAUACUUGUAUAAAGACCUUUGUGUAUAGAAACAUUGACCUGGAUGAAAAUAAAUUCUUAUAAUAAUUGA